UGUUGUCACCAGCUGUUGUCUGGAAGACGAAGGAAAAGUGGACGAGAGUCGACUGAUCGUGCGCCCACGAGCCCGCCGCAGCGCGCAGCAGCACGCGCCGAGCCGAGAGACGCUGCCGGGGGACCGAUCGAGCCACCGGAGCCCCGCCGGUCCGCCGGUGAUACUGUCACUUACAUAACUGAAGGCAUCGAUCAGACAGAGCUGAGCUAACACGGGUCGGAGUUGAAGCCGUGUUUCUCCGCAGUGGAGCGCCUCUGAAGCGACAGCGCCGCCAUCAUGAACGUGGGCACGGCGCACAGCGAGGUGAACCCCAACACCCGGGUCAUGAACAGCAGAGGGAUGUGGCUGUCUUACAUCCUGGGCAUCGGCCUCCUGCACGUCAUCCUGCUCAGCAUUCCCUUCGCCAGCGUGCCCGUCGUCUGGACCCUCACCAACCUCAUCCACAACCUGUGCAUGUACCUCCUGCUGCACACGGUCAAAGGGACGCCGUUCGAGACCCCCGAUCAGGGCAAAGCUCGCCUCCUCACGCACUGGGAGCAGAUGGACUACGGUGUGCAGUUCACGGCGUCGCGCAAGUUCCUCACCAUCACGCCCAUCGUCCUGUACAUACUAACCAGCUUCUACACCAAAUACGAUCGGGUCCAUUUUGUGGUCAACACCGUUUCCCUGCUCACGGUGCUCAUCCCCAAGCUGCCCCAGCUGCACGGCGUCAGGAUCUUUGGGAUUAAUAAGUACUGACGAGGCAGAAGAGGACACCUCCUUCCCCAAAGACUGCUGAGAGCGUGAAGAGUAUCGGGCCUCUGAUUUGGCUGCAGGUCCGCGAGGAUCCGCGAGGAUCGGCGGCCCCCGGGCUCUCGGCUCUGCUGAGCAGCACUCCAAAUGAGGCCUGCUGGGGGUGCUGCCAUGGUACCAAACCCCAGGAGAGAGACCAAAUACACUUCAGAGAGAGGACAAAGGGAAAGUGUGCUGCAGUGACUGGUCUGUGUUCCAGAGACUCUUAAAAAGCGUUUAAGAAAUCGGAGUAUUGUGUCCGUUUCUGUAGAAAUGACAACUUUCUGAUGUGAGAGGUGUCGGGGGGGAGGAUAAUGUGCCAUUUUACACCCCCUGGCACGCCAGGCAGUAAUCAAAGUUAUUUUGUAUGUAAUGAUACGCUGCUGUAUUUACUCAGCUCGCUCCCACACGGAGCUUCCUCUUUCUUGAGGUUUCUGGGCUGAGCGGAGACUGACAGCACUUCCAUGAACUGAUGAGGGACCUGUGAACUGCAGCAGAGCCCAGACACACAAACCACAGCUUUUAUAUUUAGCCCUCGCUCCUCCACUCAGGGCCAACGCUGGGAAGUUAAGCAAUUCUUAUUUUUAUCUGACCAUUUCCAUAUUUUGACUCCUCUUGUCCUGGUUUGUGUCUGAGCAGGCCUCCUGUCUGUCGACCCGUCUGGUCUGUGAUCCAGCAGCUCUGCAGACGAGCUAAGACAGCAGCAUUUCUGUCCUGACUUACUUCAUAGUUACGCUACAUGAGCUUGUUCCUCUUCUGUGAACGGUCUCCGUUUAUUCGGUACGUCUGUGCGCUCCGAUGCAGCAGCCUCGCAGCAGUGCCUGAAGUAUUCGGAGGUGCGUCUGAUGUUUUGUUCACCUACAUUUAAAUAUAUGAAAAUAAAAUAUUAGAAACACAUCAACGACAAAAUCACAUCAGAAACGUUCAUGAGGUGGAAAACUAUU